AAUUCACAAACGUCAAGCCGACAUUAGAUAGAAAGCAUCCAAACAUACUUAACAUUGUUUUUAAGGUUAGAUUGGAUAGAAUAAAUAAUAAUUUGAUAUAAACAACAAUUACUGCUGUAGAUAAAUAUAGAACGAUUUAGAAGAAAAGUGUAAAACAUAAUAAUGGCUAAACAUCAUCCGGAUCUUAUAUUCUGUAGAAAACAACCCGGCGUCGCUAUUGGCCGUUUGUGUGAGAAAUGCGACGGAAAAUGUGUUAUUUGCGACUCUUACGUGCGACCCUGCACGUUGGUGCGUAUCUGCGAUGAGUGUAACUACGGGUCGUAUCAAGGGAGAUGUGUUAUAUGUGGCGGGCCUGGAGUAUCAGACGCAUAUUAUUGUAAAGAGUGUACCACACAGGAGAAGGAUAGAGAUGGAUGUCCGAAGAUAGUCAAUUUAGGAAGCUCGAAGACGGAUUUGUUCUAUGAGAGAAAGAAAUAUGGAUUCAGAAGACACUAACGCUAGCUUUAAGUGACCAUUAUAGAAAUAUAUUGAGUCACUAUGAACUUUGUUACUUAUAAAGCAAUAUUAAUUACAUUUUUUCAAUAUUG